GAGGUGUCCGUCAAGUGUCAGGACGCCUUUUUUUUUUUCCCCUGGACAAAACAAUCACUCGCCGAACAAAAUGUUGGAUUGGCCCUCAUUCCCCGUGAUGGUCCGGACUACGUCGCCCCAUUUGUAGUCUUUGUGGUUUCUGACUGAGUUAUUCCAGAAGCAGGAGCGAUGCCUGUGGAGAGUGGGAGUGGCGGUGUUGGUGGCGGCGGAGGCGGUGGCACCGGUGCGGUCCGGCAGGCCAAGCAGAAAAGGAAGUCUCACAGUCUGUCCAUACGCAGGACCAACAGCACGGAACAGGAACGAGCCGGCUUCCUGCAGAGGGACAUGCAGCUGGAUACGCAGGACUCCAAGCUUCCAUUGUCUCUGAGGAGCAACCUGGUGGACCUGUUCAGUCAAAUUGAGAGGGAGUUUGAGAACCUUUACAUCGAAAACCUUGAACUUCGCCGAGAGAUUGACACGUUGAAUGAGCGCUUGGCUGCCGAUGGACAGACAGUGGAGGGUGCAGACUUGACAAAAGGAGCAUUAAAAACAAAGACCAGCCACAGCACCAGUCAGCUGUCCCAGAAGCUGAAGACCACCUACAAGGCCUCCACCAGCAAGAUAGUGUCCAGUUUCAAAGCCACCACGUCCAGAGCUGUAUGCCAGCUGCUCAGAGAGUAUGUGGGCCACCGAGAUGGCAUCUGGGACCUGAGUGUGACACGGACCCAGCCCACCGUUCUCGGAACCGCAUCUGCAGACCACACGGCCAUGUUGUGGAGCAUUGACACAGGCAAAUGUCUGCUCAAGUAUCUGGGCCACCAAGGAUCAGUCAACUCCAUCAAGUUUCACCCCACUGAGCAGAUGGCGCUAACAGCCUCUGGAGAUCAGACUGCUCACGUGUGGAGGUUCCUGGUGCAGCUGCCCACGCCACAGCCCGUUGCCGACGUCACACAGGCGCCCUGCGAGGAUGACGUGGACUUCUCCGACAAGGACGACGCAGAAACGGAAUUGGACGGGCCCAACGAGUGCCCGUCGGUGCGUAUUGCCAAUACCACGCUCCGCAGCCACCAGGGCGUUGUGAUCGCUGCCGACUGGCUGGUGGGCGGAAAGCAGGUGGUGACGGCUUCCUGGGAUCGAGCCGCCAACCUCUACGACGUCGAGACGUCAGAGCUGGUGCACUCACUCACUGGUCACGACCAGGAGCUGACGCACUGCUGCACUCACCCCACCCAGCGAUUGGUUGUCACCUCUUCCAGAGACACAACCUUCAGGCUGUGGGACUUCCGAGACCCGUCCAUCCACUCAGUGAACGUCUUCCAGGGACACACAGACACGGUGACGUCGGCCGUGUUCACAGUGGGUGACAACGUGGUGUCGGGCAGCGACGACCGCACUGUCAAAGUGUGGGACCUGAAGAACAUGCGCUCACCCAUUGCCACCAUACGCACGGACUCAGCCGUUAACAGGGCCACCGCCGUAUGGUGUGUUGCUCGGCAUGGAGCGAGGACAACGCCUCGUGCAACUUGUUUACGUGCGGCUUCGACCGCCAGGCCAUUGGCUGGAACAUCAACAUCCCCGCCCUACUGCAGGAGAAGUAACCCCCGAUGCCACCAACUCUGCGGGGCUUUUGUUGCCAACACGUCAUUUGAGUUUUCAUAUAUCGGUCAAAAGUACACCACAGCUCGGCUUCACGAGCGGGAAAGGAUGCCGGCGUACACUGAACACUUUGUGUGUGUGUGUGUGUGUGUGUGUGUUCAAAAAAAAACGUGCCAUCGAUGAAAAAGCAAGCACAACACGCUCCAAUGCAUGAAGUCUCACAGCACCAUCAACAUCAACAGCAAUUAUUCUGUUUCCUUGGAGCCGAGAAGAUUCACAAAAUGUGAAUGUACACGUUGGGUACAAGCCACACAAUCUACAUGUGUGAAAUGGCUCCUUCAAACUAGCAUAGCCGACUUCCCGUUUACUUUCCACCGUGGGUCCUUGAGAUUUUUUGGAUCGUUCGGUUAUGAUGAACAUGUCCACCCGAUUUCAUGUUUAUUGGUGAAACUACUGUCCGGUGGCUGAUUUAUAUUUUUUUUAGCCAGGCGGCACCAGUGAGUUGCUGUUGCAGCAUGUGGUUCACGUCAUUAGGAACAUUUCACAUUGCUAAGUUUGUAUUAGUAGCUAUUGUGCUGCCCCCUAUCGGUGCGGAGUAACAAUUUCAUUUAAUUUCACCGAAGAUUUUAAAAUUAUCUUUGGUGCUUAAAAGACACAAAUUCGUUUUGUCUGUGCGGGGGGGGGGGGAUUAGACAUCACACACUUUUUUGCCUUGUGAGGGAAACUUCCCAAGAAGUGUAUAAAAAGUGUAGAAUGUUUUCAUUGUCACACUUAUUGAGCACAUGUGUUUUAUGGAGGACAAAGGGGGAACUAAACCCACGCUACCCGCACCAAAGUCAGGCAAGUGCACCAGUACACCAUCAGUGACUCACACAUUUAAUUAUUUCAUAUGUAUUGACACUUUUUAGUCCUCCAUAGUCUAUCAGUAUGAAAUGUAAUGUAUAUAUAAAGAAUUUUAGUUUGUGUUUAUUAGCCGGGGGCAUGAUGGAUGUUUAUUAGCCACCUUAACCCCAAAUUGCUAUUUGACCUGAGUGGUCAAUAUUUGAAAGUAUUCACACACAAUAAAAAAUAUAUGUUUACUGUCAACCUGUCAGUUAAAUUGUAUACUCUGGUUUAUUAUCGAUAUGCUGUUAUUGAAUACUAAUAAUACACAGGUUAGAGAACGUGCAACCGUCUUGUUUAAUGUCAACAUUGUCACUUUGUAGACUUAUUUUCUCUCUAGUAGUCUUUAACUUAAAAAAAAAAAGGAGAAACGCUCUCUUCCCUGGUUAUAUGUGAAACUGAGCAUAACAAGUUAAAGCGGGAAAAAUGUUGGCAUUUAGUGCAGUUGUGUUAUCAUUGUAACGAUGUCACUAUGUUACACGUCAAGCAAAAUAAAAACUUAAAUUGA